AUGGUCUCACUUGCCACCAAGAUUUCCAGAGAGGCGGCAAGGCUGGAGACGUAUAUGAGAGACCACGGUGAUACGAUGCCCGAUUUCGGCCCAGACUCAUCACCAGACUAUCCUUCGCUCCCGGACGAUAUUGCUGAGAGCCGACGGGUCGUCAUAUCUGCUUCGGCUGAGCUAUGGGAUCUGGCCACCGGGCCCAGAGAAACUCUCAGAUAG